AUGUACUCGUGGUACUUCCCCAAGGACUCGCCGUCGUCGGGCCUGGGCCACCGUCACGACUGGGAGCACGUCAUCGUGUGGAUCGACAACCCGAACCUCGAGAACCCCAAGAUCCUGGCCGUGUCACCGUCGGCGCACAGCGGCUACUCCAAGUACGCCCCCCCUAACGCCGACACGCUCGAUGGUACGCACGUCAAGGUCAACUACGAGAGCCAGUGGCCCGUCAACCACGCCACCGAUGUGACGACCAAGGGCGGCGACUUCCAAGACCUCAUCAUGUGGAGCCAGAUGUCGGAGAACGCGCGCCGUGCCCUGAACUCGGUGGGCUGGGGCAAGGCCAACACGCCCUUCAACGACGGCAACUUCGAGCCCAAGCUGGGCAAGGCCUGGCCCUUUUAA